AUGGAAAGAGCCCAAAACAAUCAAAUUGUACUGAAACUUCCACUUGUUGACAAACCUAAGACACCUAAAAACUAUGACCAUCCUGAAGUUCUGCAUCACACCUUUGAGACACUAUCUAAUCUUCACAAGCUGCUUCCAAAUCAUCAGCUGGAGAUGCUUUAUUCCUAUAAGAGUGAACAGGACCAAAAAAAAUGUGAGAAUUCUGAACUCUCUGGCUUAGAAAGGAUCUUAGCAAGACAUCAGUUUCCAAAGGAGAUUAAUCUGACCCCAAAGCCAAGCAAUAUGCCCCUGUGGAAAAGAAAAACCAUCAACAAUGAAAAUGGGUGGAAGAAAUGCCACUUGUUGAAUAAAAACAUAAAAUAUUCUUCAAUGUCAACUAUAGUUGUCAGGUGGCUGAAAAAGAACAUGCAACCCAUCGAAGAUCUUCGCUCAGUAAUCCAGAAGCUGUCUGUGUUUGGCCCAAUUAAGUCAGUCAACCUCUGUGGACGGCAAAGUGCAAUAGUGGAGUUUGAGAACAUGACUUCAGCUUGUAAGGCCAUAAAUGCGUUUCAAAGCAGGGCCCCUGGCACAAUGUUUCAGUGUUCCUGGCAACAACGACUCAUGUCAAAAGAUGUAAGACUCCACGUUACCAAAAUGUAAAUUUCUUAAAGCUUGUUUGACAUAAUUUGGUUUUC